AGUUACUUCAAUUUGUCAGUUUCUUUGUUCAAUUUCACUACCAAAAUGGACUCAUACACACACACACACACAAAAAAAAAAACUCCAAUUUUGAUUCUUGAACAAGUGGACAACUAAAUUGAUCAAAGAUUUCAACUUUUCUUCUUCUUGAUUGUUUUCCCCUCUUUUAGUUUUCUUGGACUAGAGGAAUGGUUAUCAGUGGUGUGAAAGCAUCUUCAGUAGCUAUGGUUUCUAUAGACAUUUGCAGCAGGAUCAUCAGGUGUGAUUUUGAUGGUCGCGUUGGAUGUUGGAUUGGGAAUGAGAAAGGAAAAUGGAACAAACUGGCUGCUGCUGCUGCAAGUACAAAGGCACCUAAAUUGGGAAUGAGCAUUUCACCUUUGCCUUCCUCUGCUGCUCUAGCAGAAACCCGAUGGUCCUCGCAAGCCAAGUUCUAUAAGGAGGUUUUGAAAGAUGCUAGGGAAAAGUUUACACAGGAGAUAUCAUUUCAGUCCAAGGACAAAGAUAUAUCCCUGGCAAAGGCUUUGCUCUACGUUGCUUCUGAAGACGAGGCAUUUAUGGAUUUCAACCGGGAAAUGGAUUCUUAUUCACUCCAAAAUGAACGAAGAUCUACUUCACUGCCAUCUGAUACGCUAGACUGGAAGUGCGUAGAAGCCAUGCCUCUGGCUGGAAAGAAUAUGAGUGAGUGGAUGGCCGAGUUAGAUUCCAUUGCAAGGGAAGUUGAGGCAGAGCUAGUUCCGAGAGAUAUAGGAUGCCAUUUGGUUGAAGUUUUGGAAGCAGUGAAUGUUGUUCUUUUUAAGUCGAGGAGUUUCAAAAGGUCAUCCGUGAUAGUGGACUCAAAAUGUUCAUACCUCCAUUCAGUGUUAAGCUCUGGAUAUUGUAGCGCAAUUUUGCUUAGCGUCAUUUACAUCGAAGUUUGUCGAAGACUUAAUCUAACCAUUGUGGGAUCUCGAAUUGGAGAAGAAUUCUUGAUAUGGCCCCAAACCGGAAACCCUGAGGAGCUAUUCAAGGUUACUUCUGGUCACAGCUUGUUUGGUAUUGUUAACGGGAAGUGCGUUGAUGACCCUAGAUCAAUGGCCUCGGACAUCAAUAGCAAUUCACUGUCGGAGCUUGAGAUUGCAACAAACCGAGAUAUUAUCGGAAUUGCUUUGGCUAAUCUCAUGAGGAUUCAUUGGAAACGUGCGUCAAGAGCAAAUCAUGGUUUGAUGCUGACUUCUCCACUUAGGUCUGUGGAUAAGUCUGACGAGAAGUUUAAGAAGACCGAGGCUUCAACUGUACCUUUGCUGAGGCCUCAAGAUUUGAGGUUCAAGAUGCUAAUAUGCAACAUUUGGCAUGAGAAAAGGAGAACCGCGAAUAAUUUUGGCUACAUUAUUAUUCUUAUUGAUUCUAACUUCCUACAAAAAAACAAACAAACUUGAUCUACUAUGCUGCAAUAUUGCAUGAGUUUUAAUUCCUCCAUCUGGUUUUUAAGUUAGUCAAGCAUAAUUAGGUUCCCAGAACCUUCUCAUUUAUAGCACCAUUUGGUUUGACAAAGUGCUUUCCAUAUCUAAACUCGGUGGUCUAUCCGAAUAUCUGUGUUGCUCGGACUCUCCAAAAAUGUCGUCGCACCUGUGUCUGAUUCUCCAAAACUGCACUACUUUUAGAGGAUCCAGCAUAUUCAUCCGUUGAUAUUUCUUUGGUCUGCCAAAUAUGUCUAACUUGUACUGAUCUUUAGAUAUGAUUGAUAAGAAUGAAAACUUUCGAGUUCUCAUCAGUGUUAUAUCCAUGUCCAUUUCUGCAUCCUAGUAUUUCGAUAGUUUGUUUUCAUCAAACAUGGGAUUACCUCGACUUGGCAUUUGAUUAUCAUCUCUAGUGCAUUAACUUUUUAUCCGAAAUGUAGAAACAUGCUUGACAACGUUUCUCAGGUGUUUGUUUUAUUAGUUUAGGCGAGUAAGAACGUCUUUUUUCAGUAGAAGUUUUGACCUUAGCUAUCGAGGUAUUAAU